UCCCACCCCAAUUCAUGGACCAAUGGGGGACAACGUAGGUGGGGCUACCAGCAGUGUCGCGCAGGAUUCAAACGGAACAUGGCGGCCGAGAAAGAAGCCGAAGGAAACAAACAAAAUAGAAGAGGAACGGGGUGCAAUGUGGUGAUCAGCCAGGAGAAGUGCCCGCACGGACGCCAACCAAUCAUCUUCAACCCAGACUUUUUUGUGGAGAAGCUGCGGCACGAGAAGCCAGAUGUCUUCACUGAGCUGGUGCUCAGCAACAUCACUCGACUCAUCGACCUCCCGGGGACGGAGUUCGCCCAACUCCUGGGUGAGGUGGACCCCAAAGUGCCCAGCACUGGCGGAUUCUUCCGGAACUUACUGAAGCGUAAAGAUAAGGGAGUCGUCUUUGGGAUGCCUCUAACUGAGGAAGGAAUUGCACAAAUCUACCAACUCAUUGAGUACUUGAGCAGAAACCUGCAUGUGGAGGGUCUAUUCCGAGUUCCUGGGAACAGCAUCAGACAGCAGGCCCUGCGGGAGAUGCUGAACAGCGGGGUGGACAUUGACCUGGAGACGGGGGACUACCACCCCAACGACGUGGCCACUCUGCUCAAGACCUUCCUGGGAGAGCUUCCUGAGCCGCUGCUGACUCACCGCCAUUACCAUGCCCACCUGAAGAUCACAGACCUCACCCAGUUUGACGAGAGAGGGAACAAGACGACGGUGCCGGACAAGGAGCGCCAGAUCGAAGCCCUGCAACUGCUGCUCCUGCUCCUCCCUUCAGCCAACCGCACGCUCCUCAAACUCCUCCUGGGCCUACUCUACCAGACCGCCAAGAGGCAGGACAAGAACAAGAUGUCCGCCUUCAACCUGGCCCUCAUGUUUGCGCCGCACACAAUCUGGCCUAAAAAUAUGACUGCAAACGACCUGCAGGAAAACCUGAAGAAGCUGAACAACUGCAUGGCUUUCCUGAUAAAACACUCACAGAAGCUGUUCCGGGCUCCUACUUAUAUCAGAGACUAUGCCAGGAUGCAGUUCUCAGGAUCAAAGAUUCUUCAGUCAAAGGAUGAUCUUGACCUGCUGCCUGCAGGAAACUCUGUACCGCCAAAAAGGGUCUGCCAGGAUGCAGCUUCAACUCAACACCACACUGAAGAGGCCUUGAAAGAGCUCUUCCGCCAUGUCAACAACAAUAUGCCCGACUCUGCUAAGAAGAAGAAACUAAUUCGUCAGUUCGCGAAGCAGUCCACGCCAGGAACCCCAGUGUAUGGGACGCCCCCCAGCAAGAAGCAUGCCCGCUCACGGUCCUUUGGCGGACUCAUCAAGAAGAAAGUUCUGGGGAACCAGGCUGCCACGGAGAAGAGAGGCAGGAUUGUUUCUUUGGAGAGUGCCAGCAAUGCAGAGAAAAGGGGGACGGAAAACGGCAGUCCAGAGAGCGUUUCUCUAGCCUUUCUGAAAUCAGGAAUAUGUCCCAAGGCUUCUGAUGUCAUUCUAAACACAGAAAAGGUACCAGGGUCCUAACCUGCCCUCAACAGUCUCCUCCAGCCUCACAGUGUGCUUUUCACCGUCUCAAGAAACCACAAUAUGAGAGAGGAAAUGGCCCAGCCCUGUCCUAAAUAUAAAUAUUGAAAUAUUGUUUUUCUUUGACUGUGAAAGCUGUGACACUUGGUAAACGGUGGCCCAACCUAGUGGAAUCCGACAACCCCAUAUGGUGACCAAUGGCUGUCUCGUGCUUGAAAAGGUGUUUGUUUACGGCACAGUCCACGUUUUGCCUUAAGUUUGAGACACAAAUUCAAGUUUUUCCUUUAAAUUAUAAUUAUUUUGCACUGUCUGUAGGUCAGGUGAGAAAUGUGUUGGCUGGAUUAAAUGAUAACAAGAAUAACUUUAUUAAAUUUGCUUCUCAAAGCUAAACAAAAUUGCAGUAGAUGUUUGGGAGAUUUUGGCCUUUUGCCAGCAAUCACUUGAAUGAACUUCAAAAUGGACUAAGACCACUAGACAAAGGAGCCAUUCUUAAUAUCUAUAUACGUAUAUGUUUUAGUUUUUACAUAACUGUGAUGUUGGGCUGUAUUUUCAGUCUAUCAAAGGCUGAUUUUCUUUCAAGUGGAGAUAUUUCCUUGUUUCUGAAAUACUUUACUUUUAUUGAUAUUCUCGCAUAGCUGCCUGUCCAUCUGGAACCUAACUUGCAGGGUUGUUCAUCAUCGAGGAGAAGUGGCAGGCCCGCACCAUCUAUUCCAAUGAGUUUAGACAACUGUUGUCAUUCGGUACCAGAUGUAGCCCUUUAUUUUUUUAAACCUUGAUAUAGGCCAUUGAACGCAGCAAUAUCUUAAUUCCUUUGGUAUUUAAACUUGGUAUGGUUACAAAUGCAGACUACUUAUUUUUGUGUUUUGCAUUCUUGAUAACUAGGUGACUUGUUUAUAGGUUGGUUAAUGUUGUCCUGUCUAAUGUUGUCCUGUCUAGUCGCUGUCCCUGUUCAAUGUGAUGCAUUUUACUUUUGCCAAUUUAGUCAUUUUUAACAAAGCGGGUGUGCUUUUUUGCUUUUAUCCUUUUAUUUUUGUCCUGUUUUAACUGGAAGUUAUCACUCUCCCUUGUCUGUAUGACUCUUCAGGCCAGUUCAUGUACUGGCAUCUCACACUCCAUGGUCGUGAAGUCUAAAGCAGAGAACUAUGCAAGUUUUUAUCACGCCUUACAAACAACAUGUUUUUUUUUUUGUUUUUUUUACAUCCUUCAGAUCCCAGAUUACAUGUCUCUCUUUUUAUUUUUAUUACAUUCUACAUUUGAUUAGUCUCGUAAGUUAGGUGCAUUGUUUUUGGAGCACAAACCUGUUCUUAUGGUUUUGUUGUGAUAGGUGGAAGGUUUUGGGAAGUGAAGAAAAGGGAAUGGAUCAGGUCAGUUUGAAGGAAGCUGUGGUCAAUAGCACAUGGGGUAGAGUUCUCUGUUAACUGCAGUGAAACAUUUUACUCUACAUGCAAGACAUGAAUGCACACUCACAGUCCUCGAGAGCCGUGAACUGCGGGUUUUCCACCCCUGUUUUACCUGGGCGUCAGGUGUGAAGCCAAUUAAUUACCUGGGAGGAAAGAUAACCAAGAUAAUAUGGGUUCCAGGGGCAGGUUUGUUGAUCCCUGCUGGAGAGAAAGUUGGCAUUCUGAAUGAGAACUGUGAGGUUGCAUUAGCAAGUAUGAAUUGUCAGGAGUGUGUGAGUGAAGAAUGGGAGGAUGGGGAGUACUUAAGAGGGCCUGGGGGACCAGGCUCGAGAGGGUGAAGUUCAGGUAAUGCUGUACAAGACGGUGCCCGGAAGCUCAAGUGCUCGUGAGCGGAACCCGAACUGAGAAAUUAUACCAUCUGCCAGUUAAUAUUUACUGUGUAAUUUAUUAUGUAGAUUAUUUUUGUGUGCGUGUCUGAGUGACACGGCACCCUUUCUCAAAGUCAAUGCAAUCUGUACUUCCCUUUAGAGUACAGGGCUUGAUCACAGAGAUGGUUCUUGUUUUGCGCAGUAUUGAAUGCAGUUGUUUUUACAGGGCCAAAUUUGGGUUGUGGCGGUGUCUCGUCUCUCUAGUGUGUUCCCCUGGGGUCCAGUUUCGUGCCAUGUCCUUUAUUGGAAUCGCUCUGGCCAAGGGACAGGUUACAGGAGGAGCGACACCUUAUCUUAGCAACCGCUUGCUCCUGUUCUCCGGGGAUGUCGGAUUUGAAAAGCUCCGAUUUCCCCCGAGUAGAGCAGCGAGCGGUUGCUAGGGAUAAGGUGUCCCUCCCGCUGUAAGCUGUGCUUUGGUCAGAGCGAUGCCUAUCGAGGAGCCUCCUAUAAAGGACAGGUCCGAAACCCAGGUGAACAUGCAAGGGAGAGGCUAAUGCUAAUAUCUUUAAAUCACAUGUCUAACACAUCAAAUGGUUUAACAAAAAAGCAACCAAUUCUUUAACAGCAGCUGUAAAGGGUAAUCAUUUCAAAAAUCUUUUUUGUUUUUAAAGAGGUGUCAUGAAACCUGUGUUACAUAUUUAUUUCCUUUUUUAAUAGGUGAGAGGGCAGUUUGGAGUAUAAACUGGAGAUUAAUGUGAUGUAGGUGCUGCAAUCUUUUGUACCAUGUACAGUACAGCUUUCAGUUUUGCAUUUUGUAACUAAGCAGUUUACCGAUUCAUUCUGUGACUGUCUCUUUAUGGUGCUGUGGCAUUUUUUUAUUUUAUUGUUAAAUAUGAGUGAACCAACUAAAAAGCUCACUCUCACCUGCUCAGUGCUGACCGGGCUAUUUGUGUUCAAAGUCAUGUCCUGGAAGUGGAGAGGUGGUAAUAUUGAUCAGAAGAUGUCUGCUCAUGCACUGUCGCUUUUUCCGGGCAAAGGUGCCAAGCGAUAUCAAUUUGUUUUAGUUACCGAGGGCCUUAAAAAGCGAAAGUGUUGUGCUGCCUUUUCUGUUUAAUACGAUGUCCUUUGUGUCUAUAUAUUUAUAUGUAAAGUGCUGUGAAAUUGAUUUUCUUUUUCUAGUUGCAGUACAUGUUUUUUUUUAUAUUAAAAGUUUUUUAUGGAA